GGCGGGGCGACGGGAAGCGCCGGCUCCGCCCCGCCUGCGGUCCCCCGUGGCGCGUGGUGCGCCCGGCGGCCCGGGGUCGCGCUCAGACAAAGCCCGCGAGGUCCAGGCCUGGAGAAAGGUUUAUUCUCUCCGUUGCGGGAGGAGGAGACGGGAUUGCAGGGGUUCCGUGAUUUGCCACGGCCAAGCGAAGCGAAGGAGCUGGGAUUCAAGCCCAGCGCCUUUGGGAUUUCCGAUCUCAAGACUAGUUUAAACAGAGUCCUACCUAACAAAGAACUGGGCUUUAUUCAUCUCUGUGUUUCAUGGCACCAGUACCGUGGUUUGGACCGCGUGGGCUGUGUAUAUGCACCGUCUUCAUGUACCUUUUGUAAAAAAUAAUCACUACUGGUGUAAGUUCUAGAAUUCUGACUGUGCGACUGAACUUUCUGGAUCCUUUUGCUGACUAAUGUUUUCUGUCCAGUGUCACCAGGGGGCUGUAGAGGUGGCUGCUUAGAAACCUGGAGCCUCCCGCCGCUUGCUAAGGAGACAGCGCUCAAGACGAGAUGUUCCUUGCGAGCCUAGACAUUUAAAAGGUCCAGACUCCGGGUUUUGGUACUGUACGUUCCCAGGUGCGCCAGAGUGGAGGAUUCCAGCGCAACUGGGAAGCCCGAGUUCCCAGCAGUUUGCUUAUCAAAAGUGGCCAAGCCAAAUAGGACCUUCUGCUUCGUGGGCUGAGACAGAGAGCCCCAUAAAGGAGUGCUGAAGUCAUCAUGCUACGGCAGCUACUCAUCACCCUGCCCAUGGAGGCCAGCACCUUGGUGAAGUUGCGCCAUCCAAAGAAGGCCAAGGAGGGGGCGCCCCUGUGGGAGGAUGUGACUAAGAUGUUUGAAGGAGAAGUUUUGCUCUCUCAGGAUGUUGAUGAGACCCAGGGAGAAAGUCUUGAGGAUGAAGUCACCUCUAGGCCCUCGACAGUGGAAUCUCAGGGACUAUUGACCUUCAAGGACAUAUCUGUGGACUUCACCCAGGAGGAGUGGGGGCAACUGGCCCCUGCUCACCGGAAUCUAUACCGGGAAGUGAUGCUGGAGAACUAUGGGAACCUGGUCUCCGUGGCAGGAUAUCAGCUCUCCAAACCUGUUGUGAUUUCCCAGCUGGAGAAAGGAGAAGAGCCAUGGCUGAUCGAGAGAGAGAUUUCAGGAAGUCCAAGUUCAGACUUGGAGAAUAAAACAGAAACCAGGGAGUCAACCUUAAAGAAUGAUAUUUCAGGGGAAGAAUUACACCAUGGCCUAAUGAAGGAACAGUCCACGAGAGGAAACACUGUAUAUUCCACGUUGGGAAGAGUCUCCAAAUGUGAUAAGUUAGAAAGCCACCAGGAAAACCAAGGAAUGGGUGAAGGGCAAAUCCCCUUGACCCAUAAGAAAACACUCACCCAGGAGAGAGGCCGAGAAUCUAACAGAUUUGAGAAAAGUAUUAAUGUGAGCUCAAAAGUUAUUCCUGGACCAGAAGGUCCUCCAAGAAAAAAAGACCAUAAAUAUGAUAUAUCUAGAAAGAGAAGUAGAUACAAUUUAGAUUUGAUCAAUCAUUCAAGGAGUUAUACAAGAAUGAAAACUUUUGAAUGUAAUAUUUGUGAAAAAAUCUUCAAACAGCUCAUUCAUCUUACAGAACACAUGAGAAUUCAUACUGGAGAGAAACCUUUCCGAUGUAAAGAAUGUGGAAAAGCCUUUAGCCAAAGUUCAUCCCUUAUUCCACAUCAGAGAAUCCAUACUGGUGAGAAACCCUAUGAAUGUAAGGAAUGUGGGAAAACCUUCAGACAUCCAUCAUCUCUUACUCAACAUGUUAGAAUCCAUACUGGGGAGAAGCCCUAUGAAUGUGGCAUAUGUGAGAAAGCAUUCAGCCAGAGCAUUGGGCUGAUCCAGCAUCUGAGAACUCAUGUUAGAGAUAAACCUUUCACCUGCAAAGACUGUGGCAAAGCAUUUUUCCAGAUUAGACACCUUAGGCAACAUGAGAUUAUUCAUACGGGUGUGAAACCCUACAUUUGUAAUGUAUGCAGUAAAACCUUCAGCCAUAGCACGUACCUAACUCAACACCAGAGAACUCAUACUGGGGAAAGACCAUAUAAAUGUAAGGAAUGUGGGAAAGCCUUUAGCCAGAGAAUUCAUCUUUCUAUUCAUCAGAGAGUCCACACGGGAGUGAAACCUUAUGAAUGCAGUCAUUGUGGGAAAGCCUUUAGGCAUGAUUCAUCCUUUGCUAAACAUCAGAGAAUUCAUACUGGAGAAAAACCUUACGAUUGUAAUGAAUGUGGAAAAGCCUUCAGCUGUAGUUCAUCACUUAUUAGACAUUGCAAAACACACUUAAGAAAUACCUUCAGCAAUGAUAUGUGACAUAUAUUCAACAUCAAAGAAUCCUCAUGAUGGAACAAAAGCCUCUAAAUCAGAGGUCUUCUGACUUUUGGAUUUCAAGAAGCAAUGAAUUUUUUUAACAACUUGAUCCAAUGUUACAACUAUCAGUUUUGCCAUAUUAAAGAAACUACCUUUUACCAAAAUUGAUUCAGAAAAGAAAGGGCAUUUUAAUAUUUUUAAAUAUAGGAAGGAAGUAAUCAUUAGGAAUAACACUUAACAUUGAAUUAAGUUAGCUUUAUGAAAAUCUCCAAAAUUUGUCUUUAUUUUUCUCAUUUCAUUAUGGGCCAGUGAAAAGUUCAUCGUGGAAAGUUACUGAUACUUGGAUUGGCUUUUGAGAAUCACUGUUUUAAAUAUCCCUUAAAUCAGAAUAAAAUAAAAAAAUUUUUUAAAAAUUUAAAAAAAUUAAAAAAAUUUAAAAAUUUAAAAAUUAAAAAUAAAUAAAAAAUUUUUUAAAAAUUUAAAAAAUCAGAAUAAAAUAUAAAGUAUAAUUUUUUACUAUAGACCUUUAUAUGGCUAGAAGAGGUAUAAAAAAAUAUUGGUUGGCUCAUUUCUAGAAGAAAUAACGUUGAAGCUUUCUAGAAUUGAUAGAUAACCUACUACACAUGAAAUAACUUAAGUAUAUUUUAUGGUUUCUUGUAGAGAAUUGGCAAACUUUUCAUAAAGGGCCAGAUGGUAAGCAUGUUAGGUAUUGUGGGUCAUAUGAGCUCUGUCAGACCACUCAACUCUACAAUGUUAGUGCAAAAACAUCCAGAGAAACCUAUAAACCAGGGUAUCUCAGCCUUGGCACUGCUGAUAUUUUGGGCCAGCUGUUUUAGGCAGCUGUCCUGUGCACAACAGUGGGUUUAGCAGUAUCUCUGGCCACAAGUUGCCAGUAACAGAUGCCAAUAGUUCCCUUCCCACCCAGUAACAACCAAAAAUGUCUCCAGAUGUCGCUAGAUGUGCCCUGGGGGUCAAGACUGUACUCAUGAAGUACUUGAAAACCACUGACCUAAAUGAAUGGGUGUAGCUCUGUUCCAAUAAACAAUAAACUUCAUGCAAAAAAUUGGUGUUUGGUUGCAUUUAGCCUGAGAGCUGCAGUUUACCAUUCCUGCUGUACAGUACAUAAAUAACUGUCCCCCUCUUGCCCCCGAGCAAGCACAGCAAGAAUAGUAAUUGGUCAUAUAGGGUUUUUUUUUUUUUAAAUCUGCUUUGCUGGAACUUUUUUUUAAAAAGAUUUUAUUUAUUUAUUUGACAGAGACACAGCAAGAGAGGGAACACAAGCAGGGGGAGUGGGAGAGGGAGAAGCAGGCUUCCCGUGGAGCAGGGAGCCCUAUGUGGGGCUCAAUCCCAGGAGCCUGGGAUCAUGACCGGAGCCAAAGGCAGACGCUUAAUGACUGAGCCAUGCAGGCACCCCUGCUUUGCUGGAACUUUUGAUGUGUCCUGCUAUAAUGUCAUAUUAAAACCUUAGAAAUUUGGGCGCCUGGGUGGCUCAGAUGGUUAAGUGUCUGCCUUUGGCUCAGGUCAUGAUCCCAGGGUCCUGGGAUCGAGUCCCGCAUCGGGCUCCCGGCUCAGCAGGGAGCCUGCUUCUCCCUCUGACCCUCUCCCCUCUCAUGCUGUUUCUCUCUCGCUCGCUCUCUAAAAAAUAAAUAAAAUCUUAAAAAAAAUUAAAAAUAAAUAAAAUAAAACCUUAGAAAUUUUAUAUAAUUUCUGGAAGAGUUCUAGCAUUCAACUAUAAAAUAUAACCUGAGGAGGUUUAUCAUCACUUAUUUGACAAUGUUUCCCAUGUGACUUGACCUACCAAAUAAGCCUAAUUAGUCAAAAAGACUUCAUUUAGAAGUUGAAUUUUGGGAAGUUUAUCUGAAAUAUCAGAAGAUUUUAAAGUACAUGCCUAAGUAAGAUUAUAGAUCAUUUAAAAACUUAGUAGGCGCUUGAGUGGCUCAGUUGGUUGAGCGUCGACUUUUGGUUUCAGGUGAGGUCAUGACCUCAGGGUCAUGAGAUGGAGCCCUGUGUCAGGCUCCAUGCUCAGUAGGGAGUCUACGUGAGGUUCUCUCUCCCUCUCCCUCUGCCUGCCCCUUCUCUCUCUCUCUCUCUCAAAUCUUUAAAAAAAUUAAAAAUAAUUAUCUAUUAGCCAAGGUGGCAAUAAGAUUCUAAAGGCAAAUGCAGAGGAUUACAUCAUUGUUAAUAAAAUUUAGCUUAAUGUUGAGAAGAUUCCAUUUUAAAGACAGAACUUAGAAACUUUGUUUUUCUAGGCUGAUUAAAGAUAUAAUCUUUGUUUACAACUUAAACUAAUAACCUAAGAAAACUACCAUUUUAACAGAAGAACCAAAUUCCAAUCUUAUACUGGUGUACUUCCAAUAUUAAAAUUCAUUUAUUUCGGGGCGCCUGGGUGGCUCAGUCGUUAAGUGUCUGCCUUCGGCUCAGGUCAUGAUCCCAGGGUCCUGGGAUCGAGCCCCGCAUCAG